AUGCGUAUCGGUCGGGGCCACCGUGACUAUAGGGACAUUACCCUCAAAGCACAAGUCCGGGCCAUUCUGCGGCGCUCACAGAACUCCGCGCAUUUCGGGAACCCGUAUAUUUCGCUUCACGAUCAAAUCCGCCUGCAAGAUGCCGUCUUCAAGCAGGCAGCGCGGCUAGAUAGCCUGCACAAGAGCACAAAAGCCUGGCGAAACUUCUACAGGUUGAAAUCUGCAAAUCAUGGGUUCACGGUAGCUGUCAAAGAUAACAUAGUCACCGCAACGUUACCGACAACAUGUGCGUCCAGAAUCCUCAAAGGAUUCUGUCCACCGGAAAAUGCCACCGUCACCAAGUUACUUGAAAAAGCAGGAAUGGUUCUAGUUGCAAAGACCAAUAUGGACGAGUUUGGCAUGGGUUCGCACUCUACCCAUUCCGCCUACGGCCCCGUGGUCAACGGUGGGUCGGUAAAGAGGGAUCAUCUGUCAGUUGGUGGAAGCUCCGGCGGAAGUGCGCUUGCUGUCGCCAAGGAUCUGGCUCAUAUCGGGAUCGGUACCGACACUGGAGGCUCCGUCAGACUGCCUGCAGCUUAUAUGAGCCUUGUCGGAUUCAAACCAUCGUAUGGGAUGAUAUCUCGUACAGGGGUAAUCCCCUAUGCAAACUCCCUGGAUACCGUCGGAAUCCUCGCCAAAUCAGCCAUUGACGUUAGGUUGACAUUCGACCUUCUGCAGCGGUCAGAUUUCUCAGAUCCAACCUGCUUGGGUUUGUCGUCUCGAGAGCGAGUCAGAGCUGCAAAGCAUAAGAGAAGACGAGUCGUUCUUGCUUCCAAACUGUUUGUCACAAGAGUCCCUUCUUCAAGGCGAUUGCUGGAAGUACAAGGCCUAGCUUCUGCGGCGUCAAGAAGAAGAAAUCUUGCUGUCACGACGUCACAAAAGUACCAUACCCGACGAAUAGGGGUGCCUCUGGAGUACAAUAUUGACGAGAUGCAUCCCCUGGUCCGCUGGGCUUGGACGGCAACUCUGAGCCAUUUGCAAAACGUGUACAAGUUCGAAAUUGUGCCCAUUUCCCUUCCAUCUACAAAGCAUGCACUUUCAGCUUACUAUGUCCUGGCGCCGGCAGAGGCUUCUUCAAACCUCGCAAAAUAUGAUGGUGUCCGUUAUGGCCGGAAACGCACUGCCUCUGCAGAUGCAGACGGCGGUCCACUUUAUUCGGCAUAUCGAUAUGACAACUUUGGACCUGAGGUUCGGAGGAGAAUCCUGCUAGGAACCUACACCUUGAGCGCGGGGGCAAUCGACAAUUAUUUUAUCCAGGCUCAAAAAGUCCGCAGGCUGGUACAACAAGACUUUGACGCGGUUUUCAGAAUGCCAAAUCCUUUCCGUGACAAUACUGAGGCAAACAUUCACGGCGUGGAUGUGAUUAUUGUCCCUACCGCUCCAAGUCCACCGCCAUAUAUAGAAAGCCUGAAAUCUUCUAGACCUGUGGAACGAUAUAUGAACGACGUUUUCACAGUGCCAGCAAGUCUAGCAGGUCUUCCUGCAAUAUCGGUUCCUGCCCCAGCUCAUCCUGAUCAUCCUUGGAAUCCUGAAGUGGCUGUUGGCAUGCAAGUCAUUGGGCAAUACGGCGACGACUUUGGGGUCAUCUACUUCGCACAGAAUUUUUUGUCAAACUUCCACCGGAAAGACAUGAGACGGACAAUGGAAACCAAGAUAUUGAGCUAG